AUGGCUUCAAAGUCCAACGAGCUGGUGAAUUCUCAGCACCAUAAGCAAGAGACUGAAGAAUCCACGAUGGACUCGGUCGAUAUUAGCGCGGAUGUUGUGUCGAUGGAAGGGGUUGAUCAAGUCUUAAUGGCAAAAAUGAAUCUUGUCAAUGAUGCGAUUGAUCAAAUCGGGUUUACUCCUUAUCACACCAAACUAUUUUUUCUCAAUGGAUUCGGCUAUGGCGUCGACUCUCUACUGCUUUUCCUUAUGAGUAUCUCCGCAGACCAGGUAGUAGCACAGUACCCUCCAAAAUUCACGCGAGGUGCGCAGCUGGGCUUCUAUCUUGCUUUGCUAGUGGGUGCCUUGUUCUGGGGUAGCACGGCGGAUAUCAUCGGAAGAAAAUGGGCAUUCAACUUUUCUCUGCUCAUAAGUGCCAUUUUCGCUAUCACAGCGGGCGCAGCUCCAAGUUAUGCCUCGUGGGCCACAAUGGUGGCUAUUUCGGCAUUUGGCUCUGGCGGAAAUCUGGUAUUAGACACAACGGUUUUCCUGGAAUAUCUUCCCUCCAAUAAACAAUGGCUUCUUACUCUUCUAGCCGGAUGGUGGGGAGUUGGCCAAACCGUCGCCGGCCUCAUUGCAUGGCCAUUUAUGGCGGGUUAUAGCUGCCCUCUUGAUGGGUCGGUCCCAUGUACCAAUGCCAAUAACAUGGGAUGGAGAUAUCUUUUCUACACUUGUGGAGCCUUGGUAUUUGUCUUGAGCAUGUGUCGGGUGCUAGUCAUCCGAUUCCACGAAACUCCAAAAUUUCUUCUCUGCCAAGCUCGAGACGAGGAUGUCGUGAAGACACUCCAAAAUCUUGCUCACAAAUACAACCGACCUUGUCCCCUUACCCUGGAUCAGCUUCAGGCCCACGGCCAUAUUAACAGUACACAUGCCAAAAAUAAAGCAUCUCUCGCCGAAGUGGCCGUACAUGUACGAGGCCUGUUCGCUAAUCGCACUAUGGCUCUAUCAACCUCUUUAGUUUGGCUAUCAUGGGCUCUCAUUGGGCUAGGAUAUUCAUUAUACUAUGUUUAUUUACCAGAAUACUUAGCAUCUCGAGGGUCAUCUACUGGUACAAGUUCGACCUAUAUCACAUGGCGGAACUACGCAAUCACCAAUCUGUGUGCUAUACCUGGCCCAAUCAUUGCCUCGUACUUCUGCGAAUUACCCUUGUUUGGACGGAAGAGAACCAUGGCAGUUGGGGCGCUCAUGACAACUGUAAAAACAGGACAACAAAAUAUCGGGUUCGCCUCGGCCAUCUCGGUAUCGAUUAACAUUUAUUACGCCACUCUUUACGCUUACACCGUUGAGGUUCUACCCUCUGCACAUCGUGGCACUGGAAAUGGCAUUGCCGUUGCCUUCAAUCGGUUAAUGGGUAUGGUGUCGGCUCUGAUUGGUGCUUUUACGUCGACCUCCAGCUCAGUACCUAUCUACGUGUGUGCUGCUUUAUUGGGCGUUGCUGGUAUCCUCGCGGCCUUUUUCCCCCUUGAGUCACGUGGGAAGAAGAGCAUCUGA